CCAUGAGCUCAGAUUUCCAGCAUUACAGUUUCAGGAUGCCGAACAUUGGGUUUCAGAACCUGCCUCUCAAUAUAUACAUUGUGGUUUUCGGCACUGCCAUAUUCGUCUUCAUCCUUAGUUUACUCUUCUGUUGCUACUUGAUCAGGCUCAGACAUCAGGCACACAAAGAGCUUUAUGCCUACAAACAGGUUAUUCUAAAGGAAAAAGUAAAAGAGCUUAAUCUGCAUGAGAUCUGUGCCGUUUGUUUGGAGGAAUUCAAGCCCAAAGACGAGCUGGGAAUCUGUCCAUGUAAACAUGCCUUCCACAGAAAGUGCCUCAUUAAGUGGUUGGAGGUGCGAAAAGUGUGUCCACUCUGCAACAUGCCUGUCCUACAACUGGCACAACUCCAUAGUAAGCAGGACCAUGGGCCUCCCCAGGGACCCCUGCCUGGGGCAGAGAACAUUGUAUAGCUUCUCCCAAGCAAAGGACACUUCCAUCACAAAAAAUAUCGCAAGGAUGAAAACGAUGGACUUACGCAGAGAAUCGCAGAUCUCUGAAUCUGUUGCUUACAGCCUUGGUGCAUCUACCAGGAUUCCCUUUGUCUCAUGAAGAGCUCCCACGAUGCACUUUAGGGGACGGGGCCAGAUGCUUGGACUUCAGAACAACCAAAGCAAUAUGCCACCAGCGCAACAAGAAGACAAAAGGCAACGACAAGCCUAUGUGUUUGGGUUUUUGAGAGCACUUUAUGACGGACCCUGUCGACGAUAUUACAUGUGUAGGCCUGGUACCUGUUUCUGGCUAGUUGACUGUAUAGUGUGCUGAGAAGGAGGGAUAAUGUUACAAGUAUAAUAAGAGAACUUACGAAGCAAAGUCUUUCAAGACACUGGCCCCUGGGUAUCUUGAAUGGUAGAUCCUAUGCAGCCAGUGGACAUCUUCCCAUCUCAAAAAAACAAAACCAACCUUCACACUCCCUUUAAAAACUGUCUCCAUAAGGCCAAACCCAGCCAGCGGUUACCUCGCGCUGAAUGGCUAGUGGCUGGAGAAAUGAGCAAGGGUUUUACAUUGUUCCUUUACGGAGAUUUUCCUGAAGUUGUGGGGUUACUCAGACGUUUAAAUUUUGACAAUGUCCUGUUAGCAUGGACAGCACCAUGACCAGUCUGCCAACAGCCUCUAAGACAGUGCAAGCGCAUAAGCACUCUGCGCUGAAGUAGUUCCAGGGGAAGGUUUGCAGGUAUUGGGCUGCAUCUGUCCAGUAAGGGAACUGGGUCAUUCUAAUGUGCACCUAUGGCCUGAUUGUUUCGGAGGUACUGAGCACCCACAGCUCCCCAGUCUUCAUCUCUGAAAAUCGACCCUUACGUGACCCCAAAGGAGCAGUGAGGUUGGAUCUGCUCUUGAGAACAUCCGUUGCCCCCCGAGUGUUCUGGAAUGUGAUGGGAUGAUUUUCCUACCAAGUGCUGGCAUUAAGCUGGCGUCUGACACAGGCACUUACUGCAAACGACGCAGCAGCCAUACACGUGUCCGUAUUUUCCUCUGCAAUAGGAAAGCCCCUUUAAAAAGUCUGAGUCGAAGGCCCAGCGCUUGCACACUUCCCUUCCCUUCUCAUGUAGUUGGUGAAGCUUGGUUGCAGUACACAGCCUCACUCUCUCACACGCUCUCCUGUCUGCACAAUCACAAUCGCAAAGGGCUGACUUAACCUUGGCGCAGACAGGCUCAAGUCCACUACAUUCAGCAGAGCUGCUGCCUCUUACUUCAGAGCCAAUGAUAAACCUUGACUAUCUUGUUUCUUUCUCUCGGCUCUGAAUUAGAGAAAGGUACCAUAGAUCUACCCAUGUCAUUCUGCUGGGGGCAGAGUUAUUCAAGUCGCCCUUUUGAGUGCUGGGGCCCACUUGAAAUGGAUGUGUAUCGGGAUAAGCGGUGGGGCAUAAGGUCUGUUUGCGUACGUAUGUCUCUUGGGGUUGAGGAGUACUCUUGGUGUUUUGGUUGAACUAUAUUUAAGCAGGGUAGAUUUCUGAUUUCUAGCUCCACUUUCUGAGUGAUUCAAAAGUACUGACACUACUGAGAUUCCUGAAUUAGACCAAUAAUAAACAGCACAGAUGCAGGUGGACCAGAGGGAAAUUCUCCUUAAAUGUACAUAGCUAGCCAUUGUCUAAAAUAACGUAAAUGUGCAUAUUGCUUACUGCAUUGGCUUGCCAGCCCUUUCUCCUCCUAGGUACACACCUGUGUGCUUAGCAUCUGCUGUAAUGCAGUCCCAUGAGAGCCUCACAGCUACUCCCAUUCAAGGCAGAUUCUCUGGUUCUUUAACAAUGUUCCAGGAGCCUGAUAUCCCCUGAUCUGUUCCCUUUGCUGUCACAUCCAAUCCAGUAUACAUCUCAUGUUCUACCAGGAGUCCUUUUGUCUUCUAAACAUUGCUUUAUAAGGGCCAAAUCCUGCUGCCAUUGAUCUCAAUGGAAAAACUCUCCUUAACCUCGGUGGCAUCAGGAUAGGGGACAUCAGAGGGGGAAGAUUCACUUACUCUGAGCGCCCUCUGCGCUGACUUUGACUGUUGCAGCCUGCGUGGUGUUUGCAGACUGUAUUGUGAUGGGGGAUGGGAGGGGAAGGCAGAUGUACUUGUUUAUGAAUGUGAACCCUGCCACGCAUCUGUGGCUAGUUCACACUGCUUAUUUGCCUGCUCAUAGGUAUUUGCAUGAGCUGUGAAUGACUGAACAGUUUUACAAAGGAGCUUUGCAAGGACCAGGGGGAAGAAGGGUGAGUUGCGAACAUCUACCAUUAGCCACUUUGUCCACCGUGAACUUCAAAUUCCCCAUUUAACCAGAAUAGAAAAGGCCCAAAUGCCGUUAUUUCCCUUUCUUCGAUCAGCACCAAGCUGGUAGCAGUCGGCAGUAUUGUUUAAAGCAACGUUAGGUGCCUUUGACCUUUGUUCCCUUUACAGAGCUACGGUACAGUACCACACCACCACCAGCUCUUGCGGAUGAAACCGACCAUCCCACCAUGCCUCAGCCUGUCGAGUUUCUGUCUCUGGCCCAGCCAGGCAGGGCACGCUGGCCUAUAGAUGAAUGUCAGCAAAGAGGGUUGACGACGUGUCUCUCUGAUAUAGCCUAAUAUAUGCAUUUCUAAUGUGCCUACACAAUAAUUUAGGUCAGACUUGAACAAAAAAACCUCCUGCUGCCACUGAAGUCAAUGGGGAAUUUUUGCCAGGGGCUUCACUAGGAGCAGGAUCUGAUCCAUAUUGUCUGUCCUGUGAUAUGUGCCCCCUUCCUGAUCCCGCCCACCAACAUUUAUCCUUUCUAUGUAACUUUAUUUUUUUGCCACAGACAUUUUUUAAGUCAUUCAGAAGAAUCUGCGUCCUGAACAUGAGGUUUGAGACUCUUACCUAGGCAAUUAGGUAUCUUAGAUUGUAUUCUGACUGGAACAAAGAUUUGGAUUUGAACUAUGAAUAUAAAUUGACAGGGCUGGCUUAGUGUCUUCCCUGCUGUCUCCUGGCUGUGCUGAUAACGUUUGCAUUUUAUUUCUGUGAUGAAUACCACAGGCUACAGUGCUGUAUCUCAUUGAGGAUAAAUGUGUGUGGUCCCUGCAUUCUUGUGCCCUGGAAAAGCAACCAGAAUUCCUUCCCUGAACAUCUAGGCCACUGAGGAUGCUCACUAAGAAAGUGGUGGCUUUUGGUCUCCACUUCAUAGUAAAUGAAAGUGGCUCCUAGGCUGGUCUCUGACAGCAUACGACUCCUGGAGGAGUGGAGCGCGGUGCUACUCUAGAAUCUGUGUGUCUCCAUUCCAGUGGCUGGAUUAGAAUUUAGUAUGAAUUCUAUGGAGCUUCCUCACACAGCUCCUGAUCCUUCCAGGUUCACAGUGCUUAGAGCUGCUCCAGAAAUCACUGGAGUUCUGUGCAAGGACAGUUUGCAGGAUCAGCACUAAGGAUUUUUUCCGAUGGCUCGCUUGGUAAUAGGGUAGUGCAAAAAGCUUCAUGUCUGGGUAGGAAUCUAGCCUAGGUCACCAGUGUCUGAAAGUCAUGGCCAUGUGAGGGCGGUUGAGUGAUCUGCGAGUUGGGAGUCUCAUUCCCUUUGUUAGCAUCUGGUCUCUCCAUUCCCAGACACUUCAUCUCAUUUGGUACCCUUAUUGGGAAUCAGAGUAGCAAGGCUGAGAAAUGGGCCAUGGACACGUCUUCCUUCUCAUUCCUAGGGGUGUCUCUUCAAAGCAGGGACAAAGGCACAGGGAGGUGACUAUGAUGCUGUUUGCAGGAUCGCUGUCUGUUCUGGGCACAGAUCUUCAGCCUUGAGAGUUUCAAUCUAUAAUUAGUUCAUUUAGUUUCACUAAAUUCUCUGAAACAAAACUUAACUUUUCUGGUUCUCUGUGUCCUAUCAAGUUACAAGCAAACUUGAAGCCGUGCUCUGAUUGGACCCCAAAUCCUGUAGGGGCCAGUAACCAUACAAAUACAUAGAAUAAUGUCAGCACAGCAAAUAUAAAACCCGGGGGAGGGGAGAAUUAAAACCCUCUUGCAGAAGCUGGUCUGAAGUUGGUGCCACUUGAAAUGUCCUCUCAAAUGGCCAGAGGAAUUCCCUGCACUUGCCUGGUGUGCUACAUCCUUCAGUGUUUGUUUGAACGAGCACAUACAGUGUGGCUGCGGCUUUAUUCCAUGCGGCUUUACCAGAAUAUUCAGCUCCCAGUCACAUCCACGCAGUCAAUGAGCCAGUGGAGUGAGGUGUAUCUUUUUUUUAAAGGGCUGUUGCAGUGAGACUCCAUCUUUCUCCUGUUGCUGUCAGUUUUAGAGCCAUCUCAACCGUACUCAGGUUCACCUUGCUGAGGGAUGUUAUUAAGGUAGUUUGCCAGUUCCACGCUGUAGUCUCUGUAACCGGUACACCACCACCUUGUGUAUAGUAUCUGUCUGGUAUCUCUAGAGCAAUUGACUACCUCAAGGGAGCCAUUUAAUGUCUUAAACGUCAGCAGUACCUGCCCCAAAUGUAUGGGGGGGGGGUGUUAUAUCCACAUCCCAGAGCAUAUGAACGUGUUGUCCUCUCUCCAUUUCCCAGCACUAGAUUCUGCAGAAUAGCACUCAGGCUUUUGAGCAGAUUUGUGGUUUGUUUCACAUUAACUGCUGACCAGAAUAUUUGGAUGGUUACCCCAAAGGUGGCACAGAUCCCUGCAAACUCAGCACUUCGAGACAGUGACCCAGGCUUGUGGAUGGAAUUAGGCUAAAAUAUUCACAGGAACCACAUUCCUGUCUGGUAAGAUUCCCUCUCCCAAUCUCGUUAGUCAAAAAUAUUUGUUUGACAGGCCACCUACCCACAACUCCCAUUCACUUCAAUGGGAUUUGUGAGAUUGGCACCUCUCAAGCCUCAGCCAGUGGAUGAAAGUAGAAGCCCUCAUGGCAAAUGCAAUUGUAUCUCCCUUGAUUGAUUGGUCCCUUCGUAUAUAGACCUUCUAACCAGUAUUCUCUCCUCUAGUAUGUACCCAUAACUCCCACCAGUUAAUGGGAGGUGCAGGUGUACAUAUCUAUGUGAGAAUAGGCCCCUAAUUUUAGCAGGCUACUUGCAAUCAGUGCAUGGUUAGUUUCUUAUAGCUGAACUAGGACAAGUUGCUCAUGGAUAAUCCCUACUCGCUUGCUAUUUCUCUCCCAACUGCAUUAUUGAUGCAAAUCUCCAUUCCCAGUAGUGGAGUCGACAGGAUCUCUGUCAAUGGCCAGUUCUUGGUGCCAAUUCGUGUUGUGAUACAAAACAUACACUGUUCACUGUAAAAGCCACACCUUGUGGCAAAGAAGAUAUUUGGAAGUAUAGACUCUAGCAUGUGCCUAUGUCUUGUGUUUCCUUCAAAAGUUGACUAUUUGCCUUUAUUGGAGAAAAUUAAGCAACUUGUAGUCAACAUUUGAAAACUCUUGUGUAUAUUUCAAAGCAAAAGGCCCCAGUGUUAAUUAGUUGCCAUAAACCAGGUUGCACUGACCCAUUGGUCCAGAGCAUUUGUAGUGGUGGUGGAUUCUGAAGCUUGAUCGGAUUUCAUUGUCUUGAUGAGGAAAUGGAGCUGCAGGGCAUAGCUCUGUGUCCUCCUGGAUGUGUCUUCCUAAACUCUUUACAUGGUUGGUGAAGGCUCACUUUCCCCCUUGCUUGUUUUUGGUGACCCCAGUAUUGAGCUGUUUGCCAGUGGAUGGCUGACCUGUCUGAUCUCUCACCCCAGUGUAAAUCUGGAGUAACUCCAUGACCACCAGUGGAUUUAUACCAGUGUGAGAUCAGAAUCCAACUCCAUGUCGUGGAGAUAACUAUAUAUUGAUCAGUCUCUAGCUGACUUUGGAUGUAAAUGGAAAGGGGUAGGAUAUUACCUGAACCCUGCUCUUUCUUAGGGGUUUCUCUUUUUUGCUUCAGUAUUUACAACUCUCCCUAUUGAAGGGGUGCAAGAAAGGGGUCAUUCAGUAUUACAUUGUACAGGCUUUUCUAAUGGCAGAGUAGACUGUUCUUUCCAAUCCUUUUAGAAUGGGGAUAAAGUUUCCCAUUACCAAUUAGUCUGUGUAUUUUGAUAGCAUCAGUACCUGACCAGUCAAAUGCUAGCGAUAGUUCUUGUGAUUAGACCAUCAAGGGGUUGGGGUUGGGGGGGCGUAUUUUCUCCUUCUCUGUAAAUACUGUGUGACUCCUGAGAUGUUUAUGCCUAUGGGUUCAUAGACAUGUUUGUACACUAAGAAUUCUGCAGCAGAAUAUUUUUAAAAACAUUCGCUGUUUUUUUGUAAGCUAUAUUUUUGUAUAUUUAAUUGCUAUUUUAAAAUUCUAAUGCAUCUUUUUUGCUAAUCACACUAUUGUUAAGGAAAAGAGAAUUUGCAUGUGAUUUGACUUGAAAUGUAAAUAAAUGCGGAUUUUGGAAA